AUGCUCGGCACGCCCACGCGGUUCCGCAUUGCGCUGUACCGCAUCGUGGAGGGGAAGAGCCUUCCUCUCGGGCCGCGUGAAGAUCUUCACGCCUCCAAGGAUAAUCUACAGGCGGUCGUGAAGGCGGAGUUUAAGUUUCAGGUAAUCAGCAAAGAGUGGCUUAUUUGCGAGGAUAUCGUGCCAGCCGUGAUGCCCAUCCCCUUCUACAACGAUUUGCUGCAGCAGGCCCUGUAUCAAAUGCAAAUAUGUCUGGGUCUGUAAGAUUCUAAACUUGUGAUGCUGUCUCUGGGUUCCAAAAAAAAUUGUAUUGCAUGACCAGCAAGAGGGCUCCAGUUAGUUUGUGCGACGCCGAGAGGGCAUUUCUCAUGCGGUAGAGGUAUCACAAAGCCCUCGGAAAAUGUGUGAUGCUACGGCAUGCAUCACAGACAUAAUGGGUCAUCGAAAAUAUGCAUGCCAAAUCUACAAACGUUCCAGACCCAGACAUAUUUGCAUUUGAUACCCUGGAGAAGGCGGAUCCCUUUUCUCCCACGUCGAAGACGAGUUUGUGGAAAGUGAUGGAGCAGCCCCGGAGCAGGGAUCUCCUUUCGCUGUAUUCCUUCUCGGAGAUCUGCCACGGGAUCACCAAGGUCCGGCCGGACUACAAGGGGGCGAACGAGGACGACUUGGGGGACGCGGCUGCACAGGCGCAGCAGUGCGAGAGGUUACCAGACUCGCUGCCCGACUUCGUGUUUGACAACAAGGAGGCGGAAGAGGAGUGCAAGUGUCCGAUUUGCCUGCAAACCGUGCAGGACCCGGUCCUGCUCAACUGCUGCGGGGGGCAAGCGAUGUGCCGCGAGUGCGUGGAGUCAGAACACAUGGUGAAGAAGCGGGAAGACGGAUCCACGUACAAGGCCUGCCCCCUGUGCCGCAAAAAGUUCCAUGGCGUCACGCCGGCCUUGCCCAUCAAGCGCAUGGUGAUGAUGCAGAAAGGGUCGUGCAGCAAGUGCAAGGCGGCGAUUGCGCGG